CAAAACGCUUAUAUAUCUGUUAAUUGUAUAUCCGUUUCCGUUGACAUAAACUUCUGGUCUUGUUUAUGUCUACGCCACAACGACGAGCCUGGAAACUCACUUGUAUGUGUCAAUACCUUUAACACGUGAAAUAGCACAAAACUUCUGUUAAAUCAUCAAAAAUAGCGGUUAUAACAGGAGGAACCCAACGUGGCCGCUCGUAGACAAUUCAUGUAGUAACGCGCCGUCAAAAAUGGGAAAACAAAUGCCAUUGUACAGAGAGAAAAGCUUUCAGGAAAAUGUUGAUGAGAAUAUGGCCAAAUUACGGAUAUCACAACACAAGGCAGGGGACGAUACGACUGCUGAUGAGUGCAAUAACGAUGUCAAAAUGGAAGAGGAACCCUCUUCCGAGCUUGAUAUAUCUUCCGUAGUAUCGCAAACGACGAGCUGUCCUAAGGCAGAACGAUCUCAUUUCGAACUUCUUAAGGUUUUAGGACAAGGCUCAUUUGGAAAGGUAUUUCUUGUUCGAAAAAUUGUUGGCAAAGACGCUGGAACUAUGUACGCAAUGAAGGUUCUGAAAAAAGCAACUCUGAAAGUGAGGGACAGAGUGAGAACAAAAAUGGAACGUGAUAUUCUUGUUGAUGUGCAACAUCCAUUCAUAGUUCACAUGCAUUAUGCAUUUCAAACGGAAGGGAAACUCUACCUGAUCCUUGAGUUUUUAAGAGGUGGAGAUCUUUUUACAAGAUUAUCUAAAGAGGUGAUGUUUACAGAGGAAGAUGUGAAGUUUUACCUUGCAGAAUUGGCAGUGGCACUUGAUCAUCUACACAAAGUUGGAAUUAUUUAUCGUGAUUUAAAACCAGAAAAUAUAUUACUAGACAGUGAUGGACAUAUACAGCUAACAGAUUUCGGCUUGUGCAAAGAUUCAGUCUAUGAUAAAAAGACAUACUCAUUUUGUGGCACUGUGGAAUAUAUGGCACCUGAGGUUGUUAACAGAAAAGGACAUACACAGGCUGCUGACUGGUGGAGUUAUGGUGUAUUAAUGUUUGAAAUGUUGACUGGCGCGCUGCCAUUUCAAGGGAAAGAUAGGAAAGAUACCAUGACAAUGAUUUUAAAGGCCAAAUUAGGCAUGCCACAAUUUUUGAGUCCCGAAGCCCAGAGCUUACUACGUAUGUUAUUCAAGAGGAACCCUACAAAUAGACUGGGUGCUGGAGAAAACGGAAUUGAAGAUAUAAAAAAACAUGCGUUCUUUGCCUCAAUCAAUUGGGGGAAACUUGUGAAAAAACAAUGUAAACCUCCAUUCAAACCAGCUGUUAAAAGGACCGACGAUGCCUACUACUUUGAUAAGGAGUUUACGUCAAAAACACCAAAAGAUUCGCCUGCUAUACCACCUAGCGCUAACUGUCAUCAAUUAUUCCGUGGAUUUAGCUUUGUCAGUCCUACUCUAGUCGAGGAGGGCGAUAAAAACGGCAAUGGUUUUGAAAACAUGGAUGUCGAUAGUGGGAUGAACAUUCUCUCAACGCAGUUUUCGAGCGUCGCCGCGUCAUUCACUGAUGAAUAUGACGUCAAAGAGGAAAUUGCGAUCGGCUCGUACUCAGUUUGCAAAAAAUGUGUGCACAAAGCUACAGGAAAAGAGUUUGCUGUCAAGAUCAUUGACAAGAUAAAAAAAGACCCUCGCGAAGAGGUCGAAGUUCUACUUCGUUAUGGCGGCAGGAAUAAUAUAAUGGCCAUACAAGAUGUUUAUGAAGAUGUGAAGAAUGUGUUCAUUGUUACCGAAUUGAUGCGGGGAGGCGAGUUAUUGGAUAGAAUUGUGAAACACAAGAGUUUAUCAGAACGUGAAACCGCAAAUAUCAUGUUUACUCUGAGUAGUGCAUUGGCUUAUCUUCAUAAUGAAGGAGUUGUACAUCGUGAUCUAAAGCCCAGCAACAUCAUGUAUCUUGAUGAAAGUGGCUCUAACGAAGCACUAAGAAUUAUAGACUUUGGUUUUGCUAAGCAACUCCGAGCUGAUAACGGUCUAUUAAUGACACCCUGUUAUACGGCCAACUACGUCGCCCCAGAGGUCCUUAAGAAACAAGGUUAUGAUGUCGCCUGUGACAUUUGGAGUCUGGGUGUUCUUCUUUAUACCAUGUUAGCUGGUUAUACGCCAUUUGCUCACGGGGCAGAAGACAACGCAGGGCAGAUUCUAAAGAGAAUUGGUGAAGGGAAGCUCGUGUUAUCUGGAGGGAACUGGGACACAGUAUCGGAUUCUGCCAAAAAUCUUGUUCGUAACAUGCUGCAUAUUAUCCCCGCCAAACGCUGCUCAGCACAACAGAUCUUAACACAUACUUGGAUCGUAAACAGGAACUCGUUGCCACAAAACAGGCUAACGCUAUCAAGUAACCUGUCAAAAAUAAAGGAUGCAUUUAAAGCAACAUUUUCAGCGCUGAACUCGAGUCCAGAGGGAAAAAAACUUAAGCCUGUUCAAACGUCGUCGUUGGCACAAAGAAGAAAUGGCAAGGUCAAGCAACUUGUAAAGCAGUCGAAUGUAUAAAUCUUUGCCUGUUACAUUUGCAAAAACUCUGAAUCAUUCCAUACUUCUUUGUUUGCCAGGAUCAGUAGUUUCCGAUUUUGUAUGAUAUUUUCCUAUGCGUUUGUUACUUUUGACAUCACUAACAAUUUUUACGUCACGCAUGCGCGAAGACGUCAUAAUAAUAUAAUAAUAUGAACUUAGAACUAAUAUGCUGGCGUUAUUAUUCUUAUCAAAAGUCGAAAAAUGUUGCAUGCUUUUACAAAGCUGCGCGUUUUGUCUAUUGCAACUGUUUCAUGACGUAUGAAAUACAGGACGGAAUUAUAUUGGAAAAUUGAAUAAAAAUGCGCUUAAAUGAUAAAA